AUGUUUGGUGGACGAAGAAAAACGAAUGGAGGAGCUCCUGCUCCAUUGUUAUCGAACACAGAACAAUCAACAUGCCAAAUAGCAAGUUUGGUUUACGUAGUUACGUCGAUAAUAUCACUUAUUUGUUUGAUAAUUCCAGCCUUUUUUAAAACUACAUGUAGUGACCACCAUACUAUAUGGUUUGUACAAAUUGUUUUGGGUUUAGACUUUAUUUUCAUUUUUGUAUUCAUGUAUUUGGGUUUGAUGCCGAAUGGGACAGAAAACGAGUUUAGCAAGUAUAUUGGGACAGGAGUUGUUAUAUUGGCAAUUCAAUGUAUAAUUUUGGCAUUUGGGAUUUUUGUUUUUGUUUCACUAAUUUUUUAUUUAUUAAGCGAAGAUGAUGAAUGUAAAAGUGAGAGCAUUCUUAAUAUUACUUUAACUUCUAUCAAUUUAUUACAUUCUACUAUCACAACUUUUACAUCAGUAAAGUUACUAUUGAAACUAUUCACAUCCAUAGCAUCUCAGUACAAGAAAUACGGUAAGAUAGUUUAG